AUGUUCAACCUCACAAGUAUUGACAUGUUUUCUUCGUUUGGUGCUUUCGCAACAACAUCAACAGCAUCAAUCAACAACAACAACAACACUCAAUCUCUCAAUGACACUUCCGUGUGUCAUCCUUUACUUCUUGCACAAGGAAACAAAAGCGAGUUGGGAUUGUGUGACGACUAUCCAUCAUCACGAGUGAUAGCUGCCAUCGUGUUGAUGGUUCAUACAUGUCUGCUGAUAGCAUCUUUUGGUGGGUUGGCAUACAAAUUAGUCAAGUUAUCAAAAAACCGUGGUGGGUCAUCACAACAAAAAGUCAAUUUUCUCACCCUCGCACGUAAUCCAGCAUUGAUAGUCAUUGGAUGUAGUGUUGGUUAUGCAUGUACCUUUGUCAUGUGCACUAGAAUUUUGAUAGGACGAAAGAUUUAUCCGUGCUUCAUCUUUACACUGAUUUAUUUCUUUUGCAUUCCAUGGAUUGCAGGUACCACAAUAUUGAGAUUUAUUCGAUUGAUUGUGUUGUCGUGGCUCAACAGUGUGAAAGUGAGGAUUGGAAAGAGAGAGCUUUCGCAUGUGACUGAGAAGGACAUGUCUUCGAACAGAUCAUCGUCAAUAAGCAUGUCGUCAGGAUCUACUGCGCUCACAAGAGGAAACUCCAGUACUGGAAACAUUCGACUGGAGGACAUAUUCAAACUAAGUGAGCAACCUCGUAAAUCGAAAGAAACUGAUGUUGCUGCCUCUAAUGACGCUCCAGAAGAAGACGACAUCAUUCUCAAGAAAGACACCCUACUGCAAAGUUUUGAAAAAGGGCGAUUGAUUGAUUUAUUGAGAUUUUUAGUGAGCUCAAAAUUCAUCUAUUUGUUUUACGGAAUUAUUGCUUUCAUUCAUGUAUCGAUAUAUUUGAUUAUUGGAGGAAUUGAUUAUUACAAUUUUGUGAAUGGUAUCAAAAUUUCAUCCACCAACAGGAGACAGGCCUUUGUUGUGGACACGUACAUUUUUUCACCAGGCGGAUGUGGAACAGGUACUUACAACACAAACAUUUUCAUUUCAUUCUUGGCAGUUUAUGCUAGUUUUGCAGUAUUAUUUGCAACGAUUGCCCUGUUGAUGAAAAAAGAUAUUUGGUUUGUGAAGAUCGAAAUAUGGUUUCUCUCGUUCAAUUGGGUGUUCUUUGCGUUGUUGUACGGAAUUCCAAGUAUGUUUUCACAGAUUACAACCUUAGUGGACUACUAUUUUCCUUGGGUUAUGACCAUUCUAUUUGGAUGUAUUUCAGAUCUUUUCAUGUCAUGUUUUGUACCUGUAUUUAUCUAUCAAAGAGUCGGAAAAGAAAAUCAUAACAGAGAAAUUGAAUUAACAUCUUCCAACAACCCUGAGAAAGACAAUGCGAUUCGAAAAAUAUUAACAAAUGCAAAAUGGAAUUCCUUAUUUUUACAAUUCUCAGAAAAGAGCUUCUCAUCAGAAGAUGUCAUGAUGUGGCAUGCUGUGGAACAAUUCAAGAAAGUAACAUCUGAAAAGUUAAGAAUUGAACUCUUUUUGAAAAUUUGUGACACUUAUUUACGAAUUGGAGCACCACUCGAGUUAAAUAUUCCAAGAAAGGAAUUUGGUGUUCCUGAAAUUAUGUCAUUGCAUUCCUCAUUACGAGCGAGUAGACGACACUCCUCAAACAAAGGAAAUUCACCAACCAUUAUAGUACCAUCAGUACCAUCGACGACGACAACACCGACGAAUGUGGUACCACAACUCUUUAGGAAUGAGCCUGUUGUUGCUUCUAACAACGUCACAACCACCACAAGCGUCAUCACUUCUCGGAACUGUUCUUCACCAAAUAUUAUCCCGCCUAACAUCUUUGAUCGAGUGCAACAAUGUUGUGAGCAUAAUAUGAUUGACAAUUAUACGAGGUUUGGACUCGUCUACUCGAAACAACUUUCCUCAGAGCUUAAUAUUGUUUCCACAUUUUAA